UUUUUGUCAGUCGUUCAACAUCAUUAUGAAAGGUGUAUUAUUCACGUUUAUAAUAUCUCUCCAUCUUAUAAAGAGCUUUGUUGUCAUUGAAAAACCUCCAGACGAAUUGAUUUCUGUAGCAGUGGUGAGCUCUUUAUUCUCAAUUCUGUUUUUCAGGCAUGGUGAUAGGUCACCAACAAAGUCAUUUCCUAAUGAUAAAUACUUUGAUCUCCGAUAUUGGCCAAUGGGUUUUGGACAACUGACAGAGUAUGGAAUCGACCGCCAGUACAAAUUAGGCCAAUGGUUCAGAUCACGUUACAACUCGUUUCUGAGCGAAGAGUAUUCUCCAAAUGACAUACAUGUAUACUCUACAGAUGUGGACCGUACUUUAAUGUCUGCCGCUGCAAACCUUGCUGGAUUUUACCCUCCUAAAAACGAUCAAAUUUGGAAUCAAAAUUUGUUAUGGCGGCCAAUACCAAUUCACACAUCUCCCAGAAUCAAGGAUGACAUAAUAACCAGGAAGAGAAAUUGUCCCAAAUAUGACAAACAUUACGAAAAAGUUAAAGAAUCCGAUUUUUUCAAAGCAAUCAACAAAAACUAUAGCGAUUUUUAUAACUUGGUUUCUGAAUACACUGGAUGGAAAGUUAAAAAUAUUGGGGAGAUCAGAACCCUUCGGUCUGUGUUAUACUGCUACAAGAACUACAACGUGUCAUUUAUACCCGAGUGGGCCCCAACUUUGGACCAGAGUGUGUUGGACUACCUCUCUGGUUUGGCUUAUCAAAGGAACUCUUACACCAAAAAACUGAAGAGAUUGGGAAUAGGACCGUUUUUCGAUUACCUUUUCUCUCAUUUUGACAACGUAACUACUAACGUCUCCUCCACGAGAUUUCUUAUGAUGUCUGGUCAUGACACUUCCUUAACCUCGAUUUUGAACGCUAUGGGAGUGUUCGAUUUACAACCUAUUAAUUUUGCUGAAGUAGUCAUUUGGGAGUUGAAACGAAAGGUUGAUACAAAAUCAUUUUAUAUAAAUCUAUAUCAAAGAAAGAGUGAAGAUGAUCUGGUACAACUACGAAUCGAGGGAUGCGAAUUCGACUGUGGUUAUGAAGAUUUCAAAAGAAUCAUGAAACCUAUUUCUAUCAAUAUACAUGACUGGGAAAAAGAGUGCUUUGAAUAAUACCAAAAAUUUUGAUAACAAAUUGUAAAAUUUGCCCAAAAAUAUAUUUUUUGCUCUUCAA